GUCAUCUUGGGCCGGGGCCCAGGCCCAAGCCUGCCAGCGCCGGCUAUAAUUAGCGGGCGCGGCUGCCGAGGGGCAGGCGGCCCGAAGCAGAGCAAGCUCCAGUUAGAGGCAGUCCCCCGACCCUGGGCCAUGAGCGUCUCCGACCCCGGACACCGUCGCUCGGACGCGCGGCGCGUCUCCCUGCGGGUCCCGAAGGGCCGCGCGGACGCCGGUUCACCCGGCCGGAGGAACGGCGCCUGGACCCCGGACGAGGACCCCGGUUCGCCCCCCUUUCCUCUGGGGGAACCUGGCCCCAGGGCCCUGUCCCUGGAGGAGGAGGGAGAAGAUGAGGACGAAGGGGACGCCGCGGGGCCGCAGGGGCUGCGCAGCGAGGAGCACCCGGGCCAGUUUUUCGCGGAGGCACAGCGGCUGCGGGAGCAGAGGCUGCUGCUGGACGAAGAGGUGUCGGUCGGGGGGAGAGUGUACGGGGCGCAUCGCGUGAUCCUGGCCGCGGUCAGCAGCCUCUUCCGCGGCCGGCUGCUGGGCGGCGCGGGUCCGCGAGGCCCCCUCAGCCUCGACGUGGCCCCCCGCGCCUGGGAGGCCGUGCUGACCUUCGCCUACCAGGGCGCGCUGCCGAGUGCCGCCCCGCUGCAGGACCUGCUGGUCGCCGCAGACGCCCUGGGGGCGCCCCGGGUGAAGGCGGCGGCCCAGCGGAAAUUCGAGAGGGCUGGAAGCGCCCUGGACGACGAAAAACAGCCCAGCCAGGCGGAGGAGCUGAGGGAGAACCUGCGCAGCAUUGAACUUUUAUACCAGGAGGGCGUCGGUUGUGACCUGGAGCUGGAGGCAGGCGGCUGCCGGCUGCGGGUGCACCGAGCAGCCCUGGCCUGCGGCAGCGAGUUCUUUGGGGCCAUGCUCCUGAGUGGGAUGAAGGAAUCCCAGGGCACAGAGGUGUCUCUGCAAACCAUCUCUGCCCAGGACCUGCGACUCCUUGUCUCUUUUGCCUACUCUGGGGUUGUGCAGGCAAGAUGGCCAGGACUGCUGAGGGCUGCCCAGGCUGCUCUGCAGUACCAGAGUUCUUCCUGUCUGGAUCUGUGCCAGAGAGCCUUGGGACAGAGCCUCAGCCCUGCCCGUUGCCUGGCCCUCUUCCCCAUGGCUGAAGCCCCUGGACUAGAGAGGCUCUGGAGCAAAGCUCAUCAAUACCUGCUCACUCACCUGCCUGCUGUAGCUUCCUGCCCCACUUUCCCUUCUUUACCAGCUGCUUGCCUGGCCAAACUCCUGGACAGUGAUGAGCUACACGUGCAAGAGGAAUUUGAGGCCUUUGUGGCUGCCCGGUGUUGGCUAGCUGCCAACCCCGAGACGCAGGAGUCAGAAGCCAAGGCCCUGCUUCAAUGUGUCCGCUUUGGCCGCAUGUCCACCAGAGAGCUUCGGAAAGUACGGGCAGCAGGGCUGCCUCCACCCCUUUCUGAGGACUUGCUGCGUCAACUGAUAGUGGAGUCUGAGGUUCCAGGUAGAGAGAGGCGGAGGGAGCCUGACCAGGCUUUGGUGGUGAUUGGAGGAGACAGGCUCAAAUCAGACUUGUCUGGAACACAGCCUUCCCGAGGAGUGUGGUGGGCCCGGGCCUUCCGCUGCGGCAUUGGACUGGUUCGGAAUGUGGAGUGGGGGCAGUUGCCUGCUCUACCUGCCCCAGGGCGCUUCCGGCAUGGGGCCACGAGCCUAGCAGGAAAUGAAAUCUAUGUGUGUGGGGGACAGGAUUACUACAGCGACUUCAACACCUUGGCUUCGACUCUCAGGUGGGACCCCAGUCAAGAGGACUGGGAGGAGGUGGCACCUUUGUACCAGGCUCGGAGUUUUUUCCCUCUGGUGGCACUGGAUGGACUACUGUACGCCCUGGGUGGACGAGCCCAUGGUGUCGUCCUAAACUCUGUGGAGACUUAUAACCCUAAGCUCAAUGUCUGGAGGCCAGCACCUGCACUUCCAGCACCACGCUUUGCCCAUGCAGCAGCUAUUUUGGAGGGCCGAUUGUACAUAAGCGGUGGCUGCAAUGGGGCUGGCCAAUUCCUGGCCUCAUUGCUGCAGUAUGAUCCCAAACUUGAGAAGCCAGGGACACUUCUAAGCCCUAUGGGCAUACCUCGAGCUGGCCAUGUCAUGGCUGCUCUGGGUGGGCGGUUAUAUGUUGCAGGUGGGCUAGGUGAGACUGGCGACCUGCUGAGCUUUGAGGCCUACGAACCAAAGACUGAUAGCUGGACCCACUUGGCACCCCUGCCCUCCCCACAUGUGGGAGCUGCAGGCGCCGUGCUGCAGGGGGAGUUCCUGGUGCUGGGGGGCUAUAGCCACCUUACUUAUGCCCUCUCUUACUUUGUCCAUGCUUACUGUCCUGGCCUGGGCCGAUGGCUCUGCCUGGGAACUCUGCCAAGGCCUCGGUCUGAGAUGUCUGCCUGCAUCCUGACACGGCCCAUCGUGCAGCACGUAGCUUUAGGUCCCACACGGCACCAAACCAAACCUGCUGGGUGAGGUGGAGAGCAGCAGCAGUGGAUGGGGGAGGAAAGGAGAAGACACAUCAUGAGAGAGGACAGAGAUGAUGGGGGUGGGGAGAAAGAAGGCUUUAUUCAUGAUAGUACAUAUUUUAUUUUAGUACAAUGCUUUACAACUCAAACUGCUUUUGAAUAUAUGAUCUCCAUGGAAGAAAAGAUGGCUCCAGAAUUCCUGGGAAAAGGGCAUUGAGAAAGGGGAGCAGUUGCAUAGUUAGACAAGGAGAGGAGACCCAGGAGCAACUCUUCAAGAUUUAGGGUCCCCAGUACUAUUCUUAGUGGGAAAAGUACAUCUGACUGGGAAGACAGUUAAGAAGCUCCAGUAGCCAAGGUAUUGGAGCCAUGAGAAGACAGCUGGACAAAUGAUGAUUCUGACCCAUGAAUCAAGGAGAAAAGUGUGAAAAGGCCGUCCAUGAAUGAGUCUGAGGAGUCGGAAGGGAGGAAUGUAAUUGUUGAGCCCUUCCUUUUCCCAGGCUUUGCUCCUCUCUACCCUCCAGUCCCUUGGACACCUGAACACUCUUGACGAUAUUCUUUCUCAGGUAACUUGUAGGUCCAGACUAGUGUUUCAACAGCCCAGACACCACAGGAUGCCCCUAAGAGCCUCUUGGUUUUCAGUCUGAGGCCCUAGUCCCCACCUGGACCUGGCACAGCACAGGGCCCUGAGAUGGCAGGGUGAUGAGGUGGGAGUGCUGCCCGUGGGGAAGAUGAGGAGGACAGAGCCAAAGUGGGAGGUGCCGUGGUAGAAGAAGGAUGAUAUGAAGCCGGAGGGGAUGGGGUGGAAGAAGUCGGAAGCCUGUCUAGCUUCUUUCCUUCCCUCUGGGGUGAAUGGAGGGAUUAGGAGUGAAAAGAGGACAGUUGUGUAAGGUUAUGGGAAGAAGUGGUAGGAAGAAGAGAGGCAGAGAGGACCUGGAAAGUUAGUUUUCCUCCUUUCUGUGCCUUUCCUCCAGGCUUUUUCUGAAUCGAUUUCCCUUUUUCUUGGCCAGGGAACACUGAGUCAGUGUUCUCUGACUCAGCUUCCUCUGUCACUUUCUCCACCCUGCUCUUCCUUUUUUUCUUCUUUCUUUUCUCUCCUCAUUUCUCCCUCACACUUACUAAUUUCUUACUGUGCCAGGCAUAUAGUGCCAGGCACUAUAUGAGACACUAAGGAUGCAAAAGCCAGAGAGCUCCUGACCAGCAGACAGACUUAUACACAAACAAGUUUUUCAGUGAACUCAGAAGUGCUUUAGAACGCAUAAACUGCCUCAUACCUCCUACUUCUCAUACAUAUUGUACUGUAGUCAGUGCUGCGAGGGCCCCGAGGACGGAAGUGAAGGAGUAAACUGUGCCCAGAGAAGGCUUCUGUUAUGGAAGACAUCAGUAUCAGAUGGGUGUACUGGAUACUGAAGGCUAUCCGACUUGCCAGUCAGAGAAGGAGGAAGGCAUUCCUGUCAGAGAAAGGAAGCAAAUGGGGAAUGUAGUGCCCUGUGUCUCCAUAGCAAAGGGGAAGUCAAAAUUCCAGUGGUUCUUCAGAGAAUUCUGCUGUUGUGGCCAACCUACUCUCUUCUCUGGAGGCUUUUUGAAGACAAUGGCUUUCACUUAAUGAUUGUAUAUGCCCUCCUUCACAGUUCCCCUAAAUCUUUGGUAUUUCCAUUUCUGACCCUUAAGCAGCUUAGGGCAAAGAAAGACAAAAUAUUUGCAUAGAUCAAUCUUCUCUUAUCAUUGUUUAUUAAGAUUCUCACACUCUUAAGGGUGAGAUACAGGAACCUCUAUUGUAUCUUUCUUAAUACUGGCCCCAGAGAUACUUGGAAAAAAUAUUUUUUGUGUCCUUAUUUUAUUAAGGUUUUUUCCCUAAUUCUGUUUUGGAACAUAGUUGAACAUGAGGAGGGGUAAUUAAGGUAUAUAAGAGAAAAGAAGAAAGAUUGAAAAAGACGGGGAAGAAAGAAAUUGGAAGCAUCAAGAAACUAUAAGAAUUGAGUCUUGAGAGUGAACUGUGAACACUUUCUUUUGUGAUCUGUACACAAAAAUGGGCUUAAAUAAAAGUUUCCCCAUGAUUGAGUCA